AUGGCGCCCACGCCGGCGUCUCGAUCCCAGCCGGGCCCCCAGCAGCCUGCUGCACCACAGCUGGCAACUGGGCCAGGAACAGAGGCUGUGGAAGGUCCCACCACCACCACCACCACCUUGCAGCCCCCCGCCCCAGCCGAGGGCCGGGCAGCCUCCAUACCUGCAGCGGGCAGGGACACACCGGCACCAGCCGGGCCCCCGAACCGGGCGCUGCGGCACAGGGCAAGCCAGGGGCAGGAUGGGGGGACACAGCCUGGCACAGCCCCCCCGGGGACAACCAGACGCUUGCAGAGGGAGGACCUGGCCGGGCUGCGGCGCCGCCUGCAGAGAGUGAAAGCGCUGGCCCAGAUGACCCAGCUGUCAUCUGUCCCCGCCGGGGCCAGCACCGACCUGCAGAGCCGUUUGGAGCAAGUGCGGCAACUGGAGCUGCAGAUCCGUGAGAAGAAAGCGAGAAGCAGAGCCACUUCGGGAGCGCAGCCGACUGGGGACAUCGGGGCGGCAGCUCCUGCAGCAGAGGCUGGUGAGAAGCCCCCUGCAUACCAGCGGUUCCACAACCUCGCGCAGGACCUGCCGCCGGGGCUCACGCUGCCCUACAAGUUCAAGGUGCUGGCGGAGAUGUUCCGCAGCGUGGACACCAUUGCUGGGAUGCUCUUCAACCGUGCCGAAACCAUCACCUUUGCGAAGGUCAAGCAGGGAGUGCAGGACAUGAUGCGCAAGCAGUUUGAGGAGCGGCACAUGGGGCAGAUCAAGGCGGUAUACCCCACCUCGUACAGGCUGCGCCAGGAGAAGAACAUCCCCGCCUUUGGCAACGGUGUGAAGAAGUCUGACUAUCAGCUCACGCUGGAGCCGGUGCUGGGGGAAGAGGAGAAAGUGGACGGCCGCCCGCACUUGUCAGCGUCGCGCUUGCUGGAGCGCAGGAAGGAGUUCAACCGCAACCUGGUGAACAUCGUCAAGCAGCACCACAAGGCAUUCAUGGCCGCCCUCAGCCCUCCCAUGGUGGUGCCGGAGGAGAAGCUGACCCGCUGGCAUCCCCGCUUCAACGUGGACGAGGUGCCGGACAUCAGCCCGGCAGAACUGCCGCGGCCACCCCAGGAGGACAGGCUCACCACAGCCCAGGAGGUGCUGAGCACAGCUCGGGGGAUGCUGACGCCCAAGAUGGAAAAAGCUCUUGCCAACCUGGCCUUAAGAACCGCUGAAGCCAGUGCGGGGGAACCGGUGGUUUCCAAAGCAUCGUCCCCUGCCAGCACCUCCAGUGCUCUGAAAGGGGUGUCCCAGGCCCUGCUCGAGAGGAUCCGGGCGAAGGAGGCGCAGAAGCUGCAAGCGCUGAUGACGCGGGACCCGCGACAAGAGGAGCGGCUUGCCAUGCUGGGGCGACUGCCGGCCAUGGCCCGCAUCCUGCGCAACGUCUUCGUGGCGGAGAAGAAGCAGGCGCUGACCAUGGAGGUGGCUUGUGCCCGCAUGGCCGAGAGCUACGACGCACAGAUGCCUCCUGGCGAGAUGGAGAAACACUUGCGCCUUUUCGCAGAGCUGCUGCCCGACUGGGUGGGGAUCCACGCCAUCAGGACGGACACCUACAUCAAACUGGACAAAGGGAAGGACCUCGGUCUCAUCGCGGAGAGGCUCACCAAGGCAGCAAAGGAGGCAGAAGCCCUCUAA